UCGUUUUCACCAUAAAUCACACCCACAUACCCUAGGGGUUCUCCGCUUCACCAGCAAGGAAACGCAAUCAUGGCUAAGCUUUCUAAUUCGCUCUCUCUUUGCCUUUGGUAUUCGUUUUUGGUUCUGGGUAGCUGCUUCACUUUCCGGGAGCAGCCACAGCAAAAUGAGUGCCAGUUGGACCAGCUUGAGUCUCUGCAACCGGAUAACGUAAUUAAGUCGGAAGCCGGUCGGGUUGAGACAUGGAACCCCAACCACAAGCAGUUCCGGUGUGCUGGUGUGGCACUGACUCGCUGCAUCUUGGAACAACACGCCCUUAAGAUUCCUUCUUACUCCAAUUCUCCCCAACUCAUUUACAUCCAAAGAGGUAGAGGAAUGUUUGGGAUUGUGAUUCCUGGGUGUGCUAACACAUACGAGGAGGCACAACUGUCAGAGUCCGGAAAGAUCUGGAGGUCCCGAGAUCGUCACCAGAAAAUCCGGCAAUUCGAGCAAGGUGAUCUGAUAGCGGUGCCGCCGGGUCUUGCUUUCUGGAUGUACAACAACGAGAAUGAUCCCGUUGAAGCCAUAUCUCUCCUUGAUACCAGCAACUACAUCAACCAGCUUGAUAGGAUGCCCAGGAAAUUUUAUCUUGCUGGGAACCACGAGCAAGAAUUUCUGCGAUAUCAGCAACAACAGCUUGAGGAAGAAGAACGACAACAUGGUAGUCAUCAAGAAGGCCAACAACAGCAGAGAGGUAGUGACAACGUGGUCAGUGCAUUCGACAGGGCUUUGCUGGCUCAAGCCUUGAACACGGACGAGGAGAUAGUCGGUGAGAUCCAACAAAAGAACGUUAAGAGUGAGGGAGGCAUAAUCAGAGUGAGUGGCAGCGGUCUCCACAUCUUCCACCCACCUUCCAGGACACAACGACCAAGGAAACAGAAAGGAGAGCAAGAGGAUGAAGAACUUGAGGGCGAGGAACAACAACAAUCAAAGCAGCAGGAGAGAGGCCAGGAAGGACGCGAAGGAGAGAGCGGAAGCGACAAUGGCUUGGAGGAGACAUUGUGUAGCCUCAGACUUCACCAGAACAUCGGACCUUCCGCAUCCCCUGACAUCCACCAUCCUCAAGCUGGUAGCCUCAAGACCGUCACUAGUUAUGACCUCCGUGUUCUCAAGUUGCUCAAGCUCAGUGCUGAGUUCGGUUCAAUCCGCAGGAAUGCUUUAUACGUGCCACACUACAACUUGAACGCUCACAGCAUAGUUUACGCACUAGAGGGAAGGGCUGAGGUUCAGGUGGUGGAUUCCAAUGGGAAGUUGGUCUACAACCAGGAGCUGCGACAGGGAGAAGUGCUGACGGUGCCACAGAACUAUGCGGUGGCGAUUAGGUCAGAGAGCAACCAAUUCUCGUUCGUGGCAUUCAAGACACACGACAUGGCCAUGAUGUCGACGCUGGCGGAGCAGAUGCAGGCGUGGCCGGAAGAAGUGGUAGCGUGCGUAUACCGGCUGAGGAGGGAGCAGGCUAGACAGCUCAAGAACAAUAUUCCGCUUCAUUACUUGCUUCCCCCACAACAGUCUCGGAGGCCCGUGGCUUAGAAUUAGAAACAUUACAAAUAUGAUAAUAUCCCGUGUCUACCAGAGAUGAUCCUAAAUAAACAAAGCAAAGGGCACAGAAGCCUGUCGUUAUGGGAGUGUGUAAAAGAGUAAAAGAUGUACUGUUUUUGCCCCUAAAUAUGAUAAUGCAAUAUAAGUACUACAAUUUCGAA